UUAAAAGGUAACAUGAUUGAAGAGUUUAUUUAAGGUAAAAAGAGUUUGAAAACAAGUGUUGCACUUGCACCUGCAACUUGGGGCCGGGAAGGGAUACCGUGGGCCCAACAGUAGCCAUAGCUGCCAUACAGUCGCACAGUAUCGCCAGCCACCCAAAUUGCUGACCUCACAAGGAGUACUCACGAUAGUCUCCAUUUUCCGUGGACAAUUUUGCUGCUCUUCCCUUAUUUAACAUCCAACGAAGCUUGGCAGCCAAAUCAAUGGCAUCCCGGCAAUGCAAAACACUGCCCCAUAUCAGCAUCAUCGACGCGCGCGUCUUAUCUUUCUUGUUCGUAGUCCCACUUGUAUUGGCCUCCAUAAACGGGUUUUCUGAGGAUAAAGACUUCUUGCAUCCAGAAAUAUUGAAGGAUGAGGCAGUGGCAAGACUUGCAGAACUCGGGAAGGUGAGUGAUUCAGCAGAUUUUCUUAUGAGAACUUUCCAGUCACCUGCUUCUGUGAGAGCAGGUAACCUUAUUCGGAGGUGGAUGGAAGAUGCAGGUUUACUAACGUGGGUAGACCAAAUGGGAAAUGUGCAUGGACGGCAUGAAGGACUAAAUCCAAAUGAAAAAGCUCUGUUAAUUGGCUCUCACUUGGAUACUGUUAUUGAUGCUGGAAUGUUUGAUGGAGCUCUCGGGAUUAUUAGUGCACUGUCUGCUUUGAAAGUGUUGCAUAUGAAAGGGACGCUUGGGAAACUUGAGCGACCAGUGGAGGUUAUUGCUUUUAGUGAUGAGGAGGGAGUUAGAUUUCAAUCGACCUUCUUAGGAAGUGCAGCAAUUGCUGGUGUAUUGCCUGUUUCGACAUUGCAUGUUCACGAUAAGAGAUUUGAUAUUUCCAGUGGUGUCACAGUGCAAGGCGCUUUAAGAAAGAACUCUAUCGAAAUUACAGAAGAUAAACUUUUGCAGCUCAAAUAUAACUCAGAAUCUGUCUGGGGUUACAUUGAGCUUCAUAUUGAACAAGGGCCUGUGCUUGAAACAGCCGGCCUUCCACUUGGUCUGGUAAAAGGCAUUGCAGGGCAGACUCGACUGAAGGUGACGGUGAAAGGUUCACAAGGGCAUGCAGGCACAGUCCCCAUGAAAAUGCGCCAGGAUCCUAUGGCAGCAUCUGCUGAACUGAUAGUACUGCUUGAAAGUAUGUGUAGAAAACCUGAGGACUAUAUAUUUUACGAUGGUCACUGCACAGCAUCUGAAGUACAAUCUCUCGCUGGAUCUCUCGUUUGCACUGUUGGCGAAAUAUCGACUUGGCCAAGUGCAAGUAACGUAAUUCCUGGGCAGGUGACCUUCACUGUGGACAUACGCGCUAUGGAUGAUCUAGGACGAGAAGCAAUCAUCUACGAGUUAUCUAAUAGAAUGCACCAAAUAUGUGAUAAGCGUUCGGUUUUGUGCCUUAUUGAACGCAAGCAUGAUGCUAAUGCGGUGGCUUGUGAUCCUGAUUUGAGCUCCAAGCUAAAGUCCGCAGCAUCUGGUGCUCUAAAACGGUUAAGUGGCGAAGAUCAAGAUAAUGUGCCUAUACUUAUGAGUGGAGCUGGUCAUGAUGCAAUGGCCAUGUCUCAUUUAACUAAGAUUGCAAUGUUAUUCGUGCGUUGUCAAGGUGGUGUUAGUCAUUCUCCGGCUGAGCAUGUAGCAGAAGAUGAUGUCUGGGCUGCCGGCAUGGCAGUCCUAGCGUUUUUGGAGACUCUUAUGUGAACUGUUUACUACCCCUGAUCGUUAAAAGCUGUGAUGGAUAGUCGAUGGUUGAUUGCUGACCAAAAGUUCCUUCUACUCUUCGACAAAUGAAAAAAUGUAAAUAUUUUUUCGCCGAAAUAAUAAAUUGUAAAUUUAGUGAAUUCAGAAAUGCGUUUGUGUUAUAUUCUAGUAAAAAAUAUACCAAAACUAGUUUAUCGAAAUUAUCCUUGUUCAAAGUCACACAAAUAUAUAUUUAAACCAUCUUAAGAAAAAAAAUCACAAAUGGUGACCAAAUCCUAGUAGUAAGUAUAACAUCAUUACAACAAUAUGAGCUUAUUUCGAGGAAGAUGGUUGUACCAGCUGCUGUAGCUGGUGUACAACAUGCGACAUCCUAGGUCGCAUGGACGGCACAUGCUGCGUGCAAGAGUAAACGAGAUCGACAACUUUCUGUAUGGUCCCAGCUUCCGGAAUCACAGAGGUUGAGGAAGACGAUAUCAGAGGAUCCAAUAGCUCCACAUAGCGAUGGGCCUGCACGAGUGGAGUGGCCCACUCGAAUAUACUCUGCCAGCCCAUCGAGUCCACGGCCUGCGCAGGCCUACGCCCGCUGACAAUCUCGAGCAGAAGGACUCCGAAGCUGUAGACAUCACUCUUUGUGGUGAGUUCAUUUCUGUAGACGAAUUCGGGAGCAAGAUAGCCGUGAGUUCCGCCGGCCAUAACUCGCCUUUCGUGCAUCACCUCCCACGGGACAAAUUUGGAGAGGCCCACUCCCAUGAGAUGCGCGCCAAAGUCCUCGUCCAGAAGCACGUUAGUCGCGCGAAUGUCUCGGUGGACCACUUGUGGCUUUACCUUAUCAUGCAGAAACCUGUUUUUUUUUUUUUUUUUAAUUA